AUGUCAAAUUUUUCUAAAUUUGAUGAUUUUGUUCUUGUAAAUCAAUUAUGCAGGAAUGAACUUAUUCAUAUUCUAGAAUCUAUAGAAGGUACAAAAGAUUUAGUCAUUGAGGCUAAUCUUAUUCGACCAAUUGAUAAAAUUGCAUCAAUGUCAAUGUUACAACGGCAUAAUGUUGGAAGAGUACAACAAUUAUCUGAUUCUCAUUCAAUUACAUGGUUAAAUUAUGACAAUAGAUGUUUUAUUAUUCCACCAAAUAUAAAAAUAUUAAGACGUGUAUGUGAUUUUAUUAAAGCAGAACCAACAAUACCAUUUUCAAUUAUAUUUGUACCAAGAUUAACAUUAACAUGUGAAACAGAAUUAGAAAAAAAUGGAUUAUAUGGAAUUGUAAAAACAUUUGACUUUGAGAUACCAUUUAUAUCAAUAGAGACAGAUUUAUUUUCAAUGGAAAUAACAGAUAAUAUUUGUAAUCCAUUAUUAAUAGCUAAAAAUAUUAUUCAUAUACAAUCAUUAUAUGGUACAUUUCCAGUUAUACAUUCAUUAGGUGGAAGUGCUUUAGAGGUACAAAAAUUAUUAAAAAAUUAUCAUAAAAUAUAUCCUGAAUAUGUUAUACCAUCUUCUAUUGAUACAACUUUUCAAAGUUUAUUAAUAUUUGAUAGAUAUUGUGAUAUUGUUCCUGUUUUAUUAACUUCAUCAACAUAUGAAUCUCUAUUACAUAAUACAUUUGGUAUAUCAUGUGGUAAAAUAUGUUUUGGAAAAAAAUUAGAUAACAAAUUAAAAAAUUCUGAAAUAUUAAAAGGUAAAUCUAUUGCUCUUAAUAAUUCAGAUACAAUAUUUGCCACAGUUAGAAAUAAACAUAUAUCUGAUGUUUUUCCCUAUUUCUCUGCAAAAGCUAAACAUAUAAAAUGUUCAUUUGAUAAAAUUUCAAAAACGAAUCAGGUUGCUGAAGUUAAAAAAUUUGUAUCUAAUGAGUUGGCAUCUUUAAAAACAUUACAAAAACAAUUAGAAAUGCAUAUAUCUGCCUCUGAAUUAAUUUUAGAUGAAAAUAAAGGUAUUAAAGAGAGAUUAUCAUUUGAGCAAUCAUUACUACUAGAAGAGUGUGAUUUAGAAUUACUUAUUGAGUAUAUUGAAGAAGGAAUGUUAAAACGUACUAAUUUUGAACAAAUUCUUUUAUUGAUGUCAUUAGCAUCAAUCUGUCAAAAUGGUAUCCCAUCAAAAUAUUUUUUACAAUUUAAAAAUAAAUUUUUAAGAGCUUAUGGUUAUGAAUAUCUACCAUUGUUGCAUAGUUUGCAACAAAAUAAUAUACUUUAUGAAAAGUCACAUAUCACAUUACCAACAUUAAGUCAGGUAUCUCAAUUUGCUAAUCAAAAACCAAAAGUGCCAUUAACUAAUAUAUUUAAAAUUUUUAAUUUAACAAAUGAUAAAAAUAAAACAAAUGGUAAAACAGAAAGUCAACCUCAACCAAAUUAUGUUUUUAAUGGAAUAUAUACUCCAUUAAUUAUUCCCAUAUUAAAAGAAAUCUUCCUUUAUCAAACAUUACCAUUAGAAAAAUUAAAAAAAAUUUUUAAUAAUCAACAUAUAAUGAGUACAACAUCAAAAGAUAUAAAUAUAAAUUCAACAACAAAAAUGUCUUAUAAUACAUCUAAUUCAAAGAAUUUAGAUUCAAAAAAUAAACCAAUUGUUGUGUAUUUUUUAUCAGGAGUAACUUAUGCUGAAAUUGCUGCUAUCCGAUACCUUGGUAACCAACUUCAGACAAAAUUCAUAAUUAUAUCAACACACAUAAUUUCUCGUGAAAAUUUUAUUACACAGUUUGCACGUUAUUUAUUACCAACAAAUUUAGAUACAUCGUUAUACGAUUAA